CAGUAACGGAUCCGCGAACGUGUUCUGCAAGCCAUUGGGUCCGACCAUACCGUUCAUCUGUGCGAAAAGCUUCUCUCUUCGACACCCUUAUCAGCUCAUCAUGGGCAUGACAACUGGCUUCCUCGGAGGCUUCACCCUCACAUCAGCCAUUCUGUAUCUCUCCAUUUCGCUGCACGCACAGAACCGCGCAACACAAGCCGCGCUCCUGCGCCAACAGCGCAACGUCCUCACAAACUUCUACGAUCCCAAGGAACCCAAGGCCGAGCCCAGAGCGCGAGAAGUGCCAAUUGGGCUGGCAGAGAUGGCCAAGGACAGGUGGAACAGGGUACUGGAGGAGACUGUGCAGACCGUGUACAACACAGAUUGGAGGAGGGUCAGGGAGAGCGCUGAGGACAGGCUGAGCACAGUUGCGCAGAAGAUCAGGGAAAGCGGGAAAUAAGCUGGAGCAAGGGUGAAGUAGGUGGAGGGGGCGGGGCGGGCGAAUGCAACGAUACCCUUCUUGCAGCGACAAUUCUGGGAUUACACAACAGCACGAACACUCGUAGAGUACGGUGAAGCACCGAGGGAUAUGUCUGCAUAUAUCCUUAGGUAUGCGAAGUGAACCUCGCGUGCGCUCAAGUCUUUUAUGU